CUUUUUCCUGCAUUCAUCACCGAUUGCGAAACAAGUCUGUAAAGCCGUUGACACCUUUCGAGCCAACUUCGAUAAAAUUUCGAUACCAGCUAUCCAGAAACAAGACACAAUGGCCGCCCCAACCGAGGCGCAAAUCGCCCAUCAAGAGCUUAUAGAGAAGCUUGACAUUCACUCCACCCAUAAGAACUUCCGCAGUCCGGCCUGGAAGCCCAACCAGCGUCGAAACAAGAACCUCAAGGCCAUCGUCGGUGAUGCUUCCCGAAGAGAAGCCUCAGCUCUUGGCACGCCGAUGGACGCGAGUGGUAUUGCUACGCCAGCCGAUGAUGGACUCUCAACAAGCGGUACAAGCACGCCAGCCACCGAGAGUGGCAAGGAGCCCCCAAAUCUGGCACAAGCAUCGCGGAACCUGUCUAAGCUUGUCCUCGAGAAGAGCCUCAAACCAACAGGCGGUGUGUCGGCUCCAACUGCCACUUACACAAACAUCGAAUCGGCACCAUCACUCGCGCAUAACAAACACUACUGUGACGUGACUGGACUACCGGCUCCCUACCUCGACCCCAAGACGCGACUUCGCUAUCACAAUAAGGAAGUGUUUGGCCUCAUUAGGACGCUACCUCAGGGUGUGGCAGAGCAGUUCCUCGAGGCUCGUGGUGCUCAUACAGUCCUUAAGUGAGCAUGGCUCAAGUUUGGGAUACCCAUUUAAUGAAAUUGCGAAAACCUCAAAAACCAACGAGGCCCGGAAACCUGUCUUACGGGUUUCAUGCGAGGAAUCACCAGACAUAUGCACGUGAUACAAAGAUACCAUUUUAAGAGUACAAAUAGGAGUGUCCGACCAACAAAGUCAAGCCCCAACUAUGCACCCUUAGCCUUUCGGCCAAG